CGCAGUGUGACGUCAUCUCUCCGCGCGGCUCCAGGCUGCCAUGGCCGCCCCGCAGUUGUUGGCUCGGAAGCGGCGGCUGAAGUCGCAGUUCUUGGCUCGCUCCAAGCGGCCCCGCGGCGCCGGGCGGCAGCUGGAGGCCGGGAUGCGCGGCAUCCUCAUCACCUGCAACAUGAACGAGCGCAAGUGCGUGGGGGAGGCCUACAGCCUGCUGGGCGAGUACGGGGACCUGCUGUACGGGCCCGAGCAGCUGCCGGAGCCCGCGGAGCGUCUGUCGGGGAGCGACAGGGAGGAGGAGGAGCAGGAGGAGGAGGAGGACGACGCGGAGGCCGCGCUGAAGAAGGAGGUCGGGCAGAUCCGCGCCUCCACCGAGCGGCGGCUGCGGCGCUUCCAGUCGGUGGAGAGCGGCGCCAACAACGUCGUGUUCAUCCGUACCCAGGGAAUAGAACCUGAGAACCUGGUGCACCAUAUUUUAAAGGACAUUCAUACCACUAAAAAGAAGAAAACCAGAGUCAUUCUGCGCAUGCUGCCCAUUUCUGGAACUUGCAAAGCUUUUCUGGAAGAUAUGAAAAAAUACACAGAAACGUUCUUUGAGCCUUGGUUUAAAGCCCCCAAUAAGAGUACGUUCCAAAUCGUUUACAAAGCUCGUAAUAACAGUCAUAUGAAUAGAGAAGAAGUAAUUAAGGAGCUGGCAGGAAUUGUGGGCAGCCUUAACCCAGAAAACAAAGUUGAUCUCAAUAAUCCACAAUAUACAGUUGUGGUGGAAAUAAUAAAGAAUGUUUGUUGCUUGAGUGUGGUGAGAGACUAUGUUCUAUUCAGAAAAUACAAUCUACAGGAGGUGGUGAAGAGCAACAAAGAAGACAUGAAACAGAACCCAUCAAACGUGUCUGAAGAACAGAAUUCAACAGCCGUAAAACCAGAAACCGUGGAAGAGAACUUAAAGGAAGUAAAACAAGAACAGGAAUGAUGGUGAGAUGGAAGUUGAACUCCAUGGGAAUUAUAUGCAAACUGUAGAAAAUGUGGUAGAAAGGAAAGAUGAACACAAUAGAAAGCUAUUAAAAAUAUUGCCUGGGAAUUUGGAGAGGAUGUUUUAAGGAAAAGUGGGUUUUGUUUUGGGAUCUUGUUUUUAAAAUCCACAUGGAAGAAUUGUAAUUCUUGCUGCCAGUGUUGCUGAUGCUGCUGUGGAUUUCCAAGGGCUUCACCUCUGCUGAGGUUUGCUGCCAUCCUUCAGCAGUUUUGUUCAGUUGUUUUUAGCUAGCACUGAAGUGUGCUUACAUGCAUGCAUCUAUAAAGGUGGCCAGCCUGCUGUACACUGACCCUUCUGCCCUAACUGAUGGCUACAGAAAUCAAAAAGCGGGGCAGGAUGAGCUCUGUCAGGAGGCAUCAUCAGAAGUGAGAGACCUGAACAUGACAGUUGUUGGAGAGGGUUUUAGGGAAGUGAUCUGACAAGUUUUGGGGCUGCAGAACUCAGAUGUGUCUUUCUAUGUGAACAACAUGAGCUCCAACUCCUAGAUAUGUUUUUUUCCUGUAUUCAUCUCUGAAAGAAUAUGGUAAGCCUUAAAAGGGUAUUUUACGGGUUGCUAUGAUCAAAAUACUUGAACUCUACAAGAGGAUUUGGAGUAAUAGACAGGACUGCUCUAGAACAGAAGUACAGUGCAGGCCUUGCAGAUGAUUUCAGAAGCUCCAUGUGUGUACGCUGGCUGUGUGUGCAGCAGUGAUCAGCUGGCAGCAAAUGCUGCAUGCGGCCACUUAACACUUUCCAAUAAUUUAUUGCAAAUAGGUUUUUGUUGGGCUCUUUGAAAGCAUAAUUCUUGGGGGUGAAGUUUUAAAGUCUUCGGUUUUAUAUGUUCUUAUUAUUUCUUAGAUCUCAAAAUUUGGAUUUAAAAACUGCUUGGAAAUUUCUCAUGAGAAGAGCUCUGUGCUAUUCCAUAUUGGAUAAGGGGAUAUGAGCUUGGCUUUUUGUACAGGCUUAGCCUCGCAACAUUUGUUUUGUUCCAUAUUGAAAAUGAAUGUCGGUGGGUUUUCUUUUGUCAGUUUGUUGUGGCAGCUCUUGAUAUCGCAGUGACUUUAAAAUAAACCAAGCCAAGGAGUGCAGCUGCUGCCUGCUCUGUGAGGGCUGCCGCGCUCUGUCCAUCACACACUCCUGCACAACUGCCCAGUGUCAGUGUUUCCAUUUCCAUGGUGGGCAAAGCCCGUCCUGCCGAACGCUGCUUGUUCCUCCUGAUUUAACAGGAACAACCUGUUCAGGUCUCUCAGUGUUUCCAUUUUCUCUCAAAGCUGUUACAGAAGGUGGAAAUUUAAGAGGACUUUUUCUCUUGUCCAGUCUUCCUGACCACUUGGUUAUUAAAGAUUUGCUUUCUUACCUC